AGGGAAAUAGUGGUAUUCUAAGCGUGUAAAAAUUUCUCUCUCCGCCCUUUUUAUCACUAUUUAUACCCCCAUCCUAGUUCUCCUACAAACAUCAUCUGCCUUCCUAUAGUUCUUCGACUUUUCUACUACAUUAAUUCCUCUUGGUAUUCCACCUGCUGCUUACAAUCAAUGGCUCUCAAGGCGUUCCUCCUCCUCUUCGUCACCAUUCUCCUAGUUACUACAAUGGUUUCGUCUCAGGACAAUCCUGAAGAGGAACUCAAGGCAAAGAGUAGACCAACGAAGCCAAAAGCCAAGACACCAUCAAAAGGCAGGUCACCACUAUACCCAAAAUAUGGCAGGGGAGGCAAGACCAACCCAUUCCCCAAGUCGCAGCCUUCACCGGCACUGGACGAGCCUUAUCCUCCAUUUGACGAGAUUCCAGGCGAUGAGCUAACUCCACCACCUCCAGUAGCUAAUAAGCUAAAUAAAUCAGUCUCGUCGAUUGAGAAUUGACCAAUGAAUGUUAGCCAGAACUGAGUAUAAGUAUAUAUGAGAAAGACAAUAAAGUAUAUGUACUAAGACUCUUAUUAUAAUUCAAUAAUAUCCAUCUAUUUAAUUGCUCAA